AUGGUGACGCGGGCCUUUCUCCUGCUGGCCAUCUUCGUGAGAGCAUCUGCGAGAUCAUGCACACCGAACAAAGCAGAUGUCAUUCUUGUAUUUUGUUACCCCAAAACCAUCAUCACCAAGAUCCCCGAGUGUCCCUAUGGAUGGGAAGUGCACCAACUGGCACUUGGAGGGCUGUGUUACAAUGGGGUCCACGAAGGAGGUUACUAUCAAUUUGUUAUCCCAGAUUUGUCACCUAAAAACAAGUCCUAUUGUGGAACUCAGUCUGAGUACAAGCCCCCCAUCUACCACUUCUAUAGCCACAUCGUUUCCAAUGACAGCCAGGUGAUCGUGAAGAACCAGCCUGUCAACUACUCCUUCUCCUGCACCUACCAUUCCACCUACUUGGUGAACCAGGCUGCCUUUGACCAGAGAGUGGCCACCGUCCACGUGAAGAAUGGGAGCAUGGGCACAUUUGAAAGCCAAUUGUCUCUCAACUUCUACACUAAUGCCAAGUUCUCCAUGAAGAAAGAAGCUCCUUUUGUCCUGGAGACAUCUGAAAUUGGCUCAGAUCUGUUUGCAGGCGUAGAAGCCAAAGGGUUAAGUGUUAGGUUUAAAGUGGUUUUGAACAGCUGUUGGGCCACACCUUCGGCCGACUUCAUGUACCCCUUGCAGUGGCAACUCAUCAACAAGGGCUGCCCCACUGACGAGACAGUCCUCGUGCAUGACAACGGGAAGGAUCACCGAGCCACCUUCCAGUUUAAUGCCUUCCGGUUCCAGAACAUCCCCAAACUCUCGAAGGUGUGGCUACACUGUGAGACAUUCAUUUGUGACAGCGAGAAGCUCUCCUGCCCCGUGACCUGUGACAAGCGCAAGCGGCUUUUCCGGGACCAGACAGGGGGCAUCCUGGUGGUGGAGUUCUCCCUGCCCAGCAGGGCAGUUUCCAGUCUCUCCAGCUUCUCAGAUGUCCUCUACCACUUGGUCGUGAUGCUGGGGAUGCGUGCGGUGCUAUAG